UCGGGACGACAGCCGAGGCACGGGAGGACUAACCCGGGGACGGCGGCACCGGGAGGCGGCUGGCAGGCGUUAACAGCUUCGCUCCCCCUCCUCAUCCUGACCCCGCACCGAGGGUUGUUUUUCGAACCCAAACUUUCCUCUCUUCCGGAGCGACACCGACACAACAAUGUUGUCUGAGGGAUUUAUGGCUCCCGGUUCUUUGUGCCGACUGUGAGUGACAUUUGAACCCGGACAAUAGGCGACAGCGGCGGCGGCGCUCACUAUGGUUCUGUCGGCGGUCCGCAGCAGGAGAUGUUUAUAUCGCUGCUGGAUGGGGACGCUGUGCCUUCAGUUGUUGCUGUGGAUUUUAUGUGCGGUGAACGGAGAGGCGCAGCCGUUCAGCGUGGAGGCAUGGCUCCAAAGGUAUGGCUACCUCCCACCUGCAGACCCCAGAAUGUCAUUGCUGCGUUCUUCCCGAGUCAUGCAGUCUGCUAUCGCUGCCAUGCAGCGCCGCUACGGCCUCAAUGUUACAGGGACUCUGGACAGCACCAUCAUAGAGUGGAUGAAGAAGCCCAGAUGUGGCGUUCCUGACCAGAUGGCAGGUGUUACAAAAUUCAGCGUCAGGAAACGGCGAUACGCCCUCACGGGACAAAAGUGGCAACACAAACAUAUCACUUACAGCAUAAAGAACGUGACACCCAAGGUCGGUGCGGAGGAGACCCACGAUGCCAUCCGACGAGCUUUUGACGUCUGGCAAAACGUGACGCCGCUGCGCUUCGAGGCCGUGCCCUACAGUGAACUGGAGCGGACCAAGAGAGACGUGGACAUCACCAUCAUCUUUGCCUCAGGUUUCCAUGGCGACAGCUCACCGUUUGACGGUGAAGGCGGAUUCCUGGCCCACGCCUACUUCCCAGGGCCGGGCAUUGGAGGCGACACGCACUUUGACUCGGAUGAGCCUUGGACACUAGGAAACCCCAACCAUGAUGGGAAUGACUUGUUCCUGGUCGCGGUCCAUGAACUUGGCCACGCGCUGGGACUGGAACACUCCAACGACCCCACGGCCAUCAUGGCUCCUUUCUACCAGUACAUGGACACUGAGAACUUCAAACUACCUCUGGACGACCUGCAGGGUAUCCAGAAGAUUUAUGGACCCCCUGAUAAGAUCCAACAGCCCACCAGGCCUUUACCAACGGUGCCCCCUGCUCGCUCCCACCCGCCAUCGGACCCACGCAAACCAGACCGACAGACCAGACCUCCAAGGCUGCCGCCCGGGGACAGACCAUCCCACCCAAAUGCCAAACCCAACAUCUGCGACGGAAGCUUCAACACCUUGGCCAUACUAAGGAGAGAGAUGUUUGUCUUUAAGCUCCCAACUCCACCCUCCACCCUUGUGUCUCGUGCCGGCUGCUGCUAA